UAUUAUGUACUCUUCCCAAAUAAAUGAAGCAACCUAAAUCAGGUUUAUUUGCGGUACGCCUGCUGUCUGCCUGUUUUUGUGCACACUUUGCAUAUUUAUGACCAAACUGGUUCUUCUUUUGGCAACGGAACAUCUUUCACUCUUUCCAAGAACAACAUUCUCCUCCGGUCAUCGGUGGUUACAAAAUUUACGCAACAAGCGGCAAUCGCGGUCGCUGGCCUCUCCACUCAACGAGUUUGCUAAAACCCCCCGAAAAAAAUAGCAGGUGAAAAAAUAAGACAAACACCGAAGCUAUAAGUACGCUCAGAAAAUAAUGAUGUUAAAAGAAUACAUUAUUUUUUAUUCCAUUGAGGCAAAUUAUUUGAAAAGGAGUUUUUCGAAGGAAAGUAAGAAAUUUUUAGCAGAUUAUGUAAUAAACAUUCACACAUAUAUAGAAUAUAUAUGACCCUAAAAAUUAUUCAUAUUUUCUUCGUAAUGAAAUACCUUUUGAAAGAGUAUUAAGCUAAAGCCGAACCCGCUGUCACCCAUUUUGGAAACCAGAUACAGAUACGGGGACAAAGACAGAUAUACAGAGCCAACUACAGAUGCUCGUUGGCUGCUGGGAAGAGUCGCUUCAGUUGAGUGCCUUCAUUCCCCCAGAGCAAACCGUUCCCGCCAGAAGAAAGUAAGAAAAGCAAGAAAUGCGCAGUGGGCUAACGCUUCGUCCAAUGCUGGUGGUGCUUCUAGUGGGUCACCUAAUGGCUCCAGUGGCGCCAGCUAACCUACUGACCAGCUAUCUGCCCGCCUCCAUGCAGGCCUUGGCAUACUAUAUAGACUUGCUGCAGUACGAGCCACUAUCCAGCACAACAGUGGAGCCUCCUUUCAGUGCGGAUGAUGAAGGAGUGAUAUCAACCACCGCCAGUCCUCGGCCAUCCACACCGUUGCCCACGAGGAUGAGAACUACUACCACAAGGCGACCGAUUGGAGCAGGUGUGUCUGGAUCUGGUGGCAUGGGCUGGUGGCAACCGCCAAGUUGGUGGGAGACCCCGCAUCGAACUUCCACUACCGAGAGACCCACAUCCCCACCCACUUUGCCGCACCGUCCGGCAAUUUUCGCACCAGCCGCCCCGCCGGAAAAGUCGCUUGAGGGCAACGAUCUAUUUGCAGAAAUCGGAGAUGAUGAGGACUUUGAUAACCUGCCUUUGUCUUUGAUCCGUGAUAUUCAAAACGAGCGCUACGACUUUACCAACGAUGUGGAGUCGCUGGAUAACUUUUUGCGCCUCUACGACGAUAAUUACGGAAGGGCAGCUUUUGGUUCUGAGUCUGCGAUGGAUCGAUGGAGUACCGCCUCGAUAGCUGGCAAAAAGAGGGUUCCCCCCACAAAGCCCUAUGUGGAUUUCCUGCUGGUUUACGAUCUGCUAAAGCGCGAUGCCAAGGCGGCGAGUCUGAGCAAGUAUGAGGGAUAUUCCGAGGAUCUGCUGGUGGAGCUGCACGCGUUGUCCCAGGUUUCUGCGGCCAGGCAAUUGCAUACUCUCUUUAAACGGAUGCUGGACCGGGGCGAUAUCCAGCGCAGUGACGUGGUGGCCCGCGUCCAGGGAAUCGCCAAAGAUCUGGGGAAUCCCAAAAGCGCCACUUCCAAGGCAUUGACUUUUAUUCCCAGCAUGCAGUUUUUACCUUAA